AAAUUCAUGACACAUCCAAAAACCCCAAAUUAUAUUCAAAAAAGAAAAUAAUAAAAGAAAAAACACAAUAUAAACUUGUUCCAAACGGAGCAGCCACCGGAUCCGAUCCGAUCCGAUCCAACAGUGACGUGCAAUCCGUAAACCCCUCAGAUCAAAAUCUCAAACUUUUGUUUUUGCUUUAUACUUGAGAAUCAGGGCUUUUUCUUAUAACACGCAAAUUUCAUUUCACGUUUUUUACACGCUCUACUUUUCCAAAUGAACUGCGAAGUUUGUCAACUCAAAGAACUGGAUGUAGAAUACUUUGAGAUACGUGAAGUUCUUCGAUGCAUCCUACACACGAUUUUCUUUCACAGAGCUUUAGGCCUGGUGCGGCCCAAAGACAUUGAUUUGGAACUUUUUGAAAUUACCUAUGUCCAAUGUGGCGAUGCAGAGCUGGAAAAGAAAGUAGAUGAGAAAAUUGAUCAGUUCAUUGAUAAAGUAGAGAAACACCCAAACAAGAAAAACCAGAUAAUUUUAUCUUUUUUCGAAGUAAAGAACAAACAAGCAACGUGGUUUACACACAAAGUUGAACACUUGGACUGGGAGCGGUGGUAUAUAAAUUUAAAUGUCUCCCAACACCCGAGAUCACAUUCUAGCAAGUCACAUCAUUCUAAACUAGUUGUAGACCCAGGAGAAAGUGCAUCUGAUGAGAGAAGUGCUCGGCGGGCAACACUGGAGUCCACUCUGCAUGAAGUUUUAUUUCAGAUAAUCAAAUUUGUGAAUGAGAAGAAAGAUCAUAUUCCCCCAAUACCAAAUAUGGAGGGAGUCUCAUUUCCUUAUGAAAUUACUAUCUCAAGCUCAUCAGAUUCAGCGUUCGGGAUGGACAUGUUUAAGAGGAUGCUCCAAACUGGGCACCCGACCAUGCUCAGCUGAUUUUAUAAGCUCUUGAACCUCAGGUCCUGCCGUCCUGGCAUUUCAGCAGCUUCUGGAUGAGAGUGCCCAUGUAACUCGGUAGUUCUGUAAAAAUCCUUAGCUUUGCAAAUGAUAAUCUGGCUUCAGAUCACACUUUAUUACAUUUGUUCAUAUGCACGAAGAUUUUUAGGUAUCUUGUAAAGUUUGUCUGUACUAGUGAAUUUGAACCAGAGGAAUAUGCAGAUGGUGGAUUAGGAUCCAACUUCAAUUGUGUUGGUUAGGUUUUCAUGUACGCAUAUCAUAUAUGUUUUUUUUGUUUUAAA